CGUCUCCAACAAUUUUUAUUCUGUGGAAAACAAUAAGCAGAUUCUGAAUCUGAUAUAAUCUUUGACAAUAAUAAGUCAACUGUUAGAAGUAACUAUUAUGGUAUCGCCGUCCGUCGCAAUGGAGCAAGACAACGGUGCCGGCCAUGCCUUGAGUGAUUUUCUCAUGCAACUGGAAAACUACAAUUCUUCAAUACCAGAAUUUGUUGUUGCAUAUUAUCUGAAUGCAUCUGGUUUUGAAUCACAAGAUCAAAGACUAAUAAGACUUAUUGCACUAGCAGCACAAAAGUACCUUUCGGAUAUAGCCAAUGAUGCACUGCAGCAUUGUAAGAUGCGCACCAACAGUCAAGUAACACAGAGCUCUAAGAACCAGAAGGGGGGACCCAAAGAGAAGAAGUAUGUUAUGACCAUGGAUGACCUGGUGCCUGCACUCCAAGAGUAUGGCAUUACAGCUAAGAAGCCGCAUUAUUUUGUUUAAUUUUAUUUGUUGUCACACAUGUGUGUGAGUUAUAUAAGUCAAACAGUAGAAUUUCUAUAUUUCGAACUUUCACGUCUUGAGAACUCAAAAAUAAGCUUUGUCCCUUUUAGUCCGGUCAAUUUAGACCAAAAAAUGAGAGUGAAGUUACAUUAAGUCCCAACAAGCUGAAUUUCAGGGAAAUUGUUCAAAACAUAAUUAUAAACAAUGUCUAGAAGUUCCCGAUCAUUCCCGUGUAUGGAAAAAAAAAUUAUCCAAGGUAAAUACUUUUUUU